AACUCCAUGAUGCUGUUCGGUCCCCUGCCUCAAACUCUGCCCCACUUCACCCUCUCAGGUGAGAUUCUGAAAUUCCGAGACGUUGUCCGAUAUGUCGGUGUCUUCUUCCAAUCAACCCACCGGAACAUCUUUGCCUCCCACUACACCGAGAAACGUGAUUGUGCAGUUGGUUCAGCUCGUGCAAUCACCGGUUGCGACCUCCUUGUUGGGAACCGUCGCAUGCCUCCUUCCAUCACAAAACAGCUGUACACUGCUUUAGUAGACUGUCACCUCACCCACGGCUGUGAAAUCAUGCCUGACACCGACCCCGGUCUCCUUCGGAUCUUGGAAGACAUUCAAUUACGCUUCCUGCGCUGCAUGCUGGGCCUCUCCACCAACUCAGUAAUCACUCCGCUAUAUACGGAAACUGGCAUUAUGCCGAUCCGCACCCGUCGGGUAUCCCUUACGCUCCGCUACCUCAAAUAUCUCAUUGAACUGCCCGACACUCACUAUGCCUCGCUUGCACUAGCCGAGAAUGUUAACCUCCGCAACUCACUCUGCCCCUGCUGGCUCACCGACCUUGAUUACGCCAUCAACCAACUGCCAGGUAAUCACCGUCUGCCCAACCUCCGUGCCCUCGAUGGAGCCCUCAUAGACAAACUGAUCAAGGCAAUUGAAUUCUCCACCAAAACUAACCUACAGUCCCACAUUGACACGUGGUCUAAGCUAUCUCUACUACGUCACCGCCUGGAACCAAAGGAAGAAGGCCCCGCGAAACCUCAGAUGAUUGGACUUCGACAUUACCUCACCCAAAUUCUGAACCACUCUCAUCGUCGCACCGUCACCAAACUACUCUGCGGUGACUUCACCCCCCACGUAUUUCAUGCAUCUCCCUCCCCCCUCCGCCAAUUGACUGCGACGGAACAUCUCAACCGUCUCUGCCGCGCCUGCAACCGCCACCCUGAGACCCCUCAACACAUCCUGCUUCAGUGCCCAUCUCUGACCAGCAUAUGUUCUUUACGC